GGACCGCCUCCGUUACCAAAUAUCCCAUCGAUCGCUUUGCUACGCCACCCCAACCGGCCCCGGGCUUGUUCCUUUCUCCCCCUGCCAGGGGCCUCAUCCUGGCCGUCCGUCGCCCGACGGAGCGCCCAGAUUCACCCUGAUCCCGCUCCUCCCCUGUCACGGCGGUGGAAAUUUCUCGGUAAACAUGGCCGAUGAUGGCUUCUUCACCCGCGGUGUCCAUCUCCUCCCUCUCCCCCGCCGAGCUUCACCACCGCCGCUGCCUAACCAGACCAGACUCCAUCCAUCCAUCCAUCCAUCGACCGCCUGCUACUCCCCUCAGCUCCGAUCGAUCUGCUCCGGCUCGCCCUCUCCCCCCUCAGCUCCGAUCGAUCUACUCCGGCUCGCUCGCUCCUUAAUGCAUGCGGAGAUCGGCCGCGGCCUCGCCGGCGGGGGACCCGGAUCGCUCGCUCGUCGCCGGCGUCCACCGCGGUGGAGGCACGCCGGCGAUGGCCUUCACCGCCGUCGUCGGUCGGGAGAGAUGCCGAUGCCGAUGGCGUCGUCCCCGAUCCGGACUGCUGCGCCAGCGGUGCGGUGGGAGCCCGUCCGGGGCGGUCAGGGCCGCUGCCAGCGCGGGCCCACGCGGGGCCGGUGGCAGCGCCCGUAAAUCCCGCGGCAGGGCAGGGGCAGGCGAGGUAACCCCGCGCGCGCCCGGCUGGCGCCAGGCCAGUUGCUUGCGUCGCAGACUGCCUCCCGCUCUCCCUCUCUCUCUCUCGUUUAUCCUUUCCUUUUCGCCUUUUUUUUCUCCCCCUCCCCCGUGCAAUAAAUUAGUGGAGCAAGCCGAUAAAAAAGAUUUUCUUGGUCUGGGGCAAAAAAGAUUUGUUUUUUCUUUCCAACCCCCCUCUCCGGGGUAGGGCGGGGCGGGGUGGGGCACGCGGACGCGAGGGGGGUGCGAAUCAAAUGGGGUUAAGUCCCGGCUGCGUCCGCUUUAUCGGCUCACGUUGCCACAGCCUCCGUUCCCUUCCCUUCCGCCUCUCUCUCUUUCUCUCGUCUCUCUUUCUUCCCCCCCACCUCCUCCCCUCUCUCCCUCUCCCUCCCCCGCCCGCCUCCGCCACCGCCGCGCCUCCUCCGGCCCGCCCCCGCAGAUCAGACAACGCCCGGCCCGCCCGCCCGCCCGCCCUCGCCUCCCUGCUCGUGAGGCCGUGGGCAAAGGGCCUCCGCUACGGUUCGCAUCUCCCUCCGCCGCCUCCACACCGGUGGGCGGCCCUCGACGGCCUUCCCCGCCCCGUUCCUGGAGCCUCCGCGUGGUGCUCCGUCUCUGGGACCGACGCCCUGUGACUCCCGGGACCUGCCCAGCGCCGCUUCCGCCGGGAUUGUUGCUCCUGGAUAGGAGGCCGGCGACGCUGUGGACUUGGUUCGGCCGCGCGUAUGUGAUUUGCGGCGCCCGCCGGAGCUGGGGAUACGCGCCGCUGGGACGACGACCGCAACGACGCCGUGGAUGCCUCCGCCUCCGCCGGAUCGGAGGGAGUUCCUCUACAGGGACGGCCGCAGGCACGACGUGGCCGCCGGGGACCCCCUCCUGCCGGCGCCCCCCGCCACGCCGCGCUGGAGGGAUUCCCCGUACCACCCGCCGCCGCCGCCGCCGCCCCUGCGCGACCACGCCCGGCCCUCGCCCCGCAGGACCGCGUCUUCGGCCUCCUCAGAGGGCUAUUACAGGCAGGGCGCCGGCGCCUAUGACCGCUCCUACCCCGACGAGCCGCUGGGCUACACGCCCUCGCGCUCCGACCGCUACUGGCUGGAGGAGGACCCUCCCGCCGGCUAUAAGGGUUUCAGCCGCUAUGGUGGCGGCGGCGGCCGGAGGGACGGCCGUGACUUGCGGGGAUCCUACCGGAGGUCUCCGUUUAGGAGCUAUGGAGGCGACUUCCCAAGAGGCCACCAGGAGCCCCCGCCUCCCCCACCCUUGAGGAGGUCUCCUCUGAGGUCAGUUGCUGUGCCGAUCUGUUACGACCCUCCCAGUGAUAGGGCUGACAGGGAGGAUAGAGAACACCAACCCCGUGCGACUCCUUGGCGGCCGCUGCGCCGGAGGGAGAGCAGAUCUGACGCUACAGACGCAGCUGGUGCUGGACCUUUGUCAGCUCGUCAGAGCGCUACUGCAGGGGCGGCUUCAGAGAAGAACGCCCCGUCGCAGUCUGCGGCUGUGGCAGAUUCACAGUCGGCUGAGGAGGAGACACCCAGGAAGAAGCCCCGGCUUGGAUGGGGGCAAGGCUUGGCCAAAUAUGAGAAGCAGAAGGUGCCUGGUUCUUCAGAAUCUGCUGAACCUGUUGCUGAAGGGAGCCCAGGCGGCGUUGAACAGAAGGAAGUUGAUGGCGCACCUGCACCUGCACUUUGUGCAUCUCCAGUGGCAGCACCGGCUGCACCACCACCUGCACCUGCACUUUGCGCAUCUCCAGUGGCUGCACCGGCAGCACCAUCUGCACCUCCAUCUUGUUCUCCUGUGCCUGAAGAUAAAUCCUGUGAACUGACGACAAAUACAGUCACAGUUUCCAAUAAAGAUAUCCCCGGGGCGGAGGUCCAGGCUUACAACGAUGAAAUCCCCAUUAAGUUAGGUCAACUUGAUGGUGAUCGCAUUGGCUCCCUUGCCAAUGUCCUUGCUGAACUACUUCAACAUGAAGAUUCUUGUUCUGGGGAUUCGAGAAGACUGACAAAUAGUAGUAAGUUAUUGCUACUGAAAGAAAACAUAGCCAGGGAGCUUGAGAAGACCGAGCUUGAGAUUGAUUCAUUGGAAUGUGAACUUAAAUCAGUGAGUACUGAAUCGGAAAACAAGGCUCUUGAAGAUGCACAAAAUCCUUCACCUUCUAGUGGGACAUCAAAAACUCUAGCCAAGCCUGCGACAUCAAAAGUUCUAGCCAAGCCUGAGACAUCAAAAGUUCUAGCCAUGCCUGAGAUCUGUGGAACAUCUUCUUCCCCUAAAGAACAAGGGGUGCUCACUCCUUGCAAGCUUUCUGUGGGGCAGGAAGCUGAUGCUAACGGUGUAGACUUGAUGGAUGUUGUAACAGCUCCUGUUCGCAGUGUAACAGCAGUCUCAUCGGGGGAGAGUGUUGCAUGUCCUGGAGUUGUUGCUGAAGCUCAGGUUGCUGUAGCUGCAGAUGUGGCCCCAUUGAAGCCUUCUGAAGGAACUGGGUCUGAAAUUGAUGCCCACUGUCUGACGCCGGAGCCUGGUUUGUCCCAUGAUAAUGUUAGUUCCAUGAAAGCUGAUGGCAGCAAUGCCUUGUCAACGAGGCAGUGCUCACACCAUAUCGACAGCCAUAACUUAAUCCCUUCAAUUAUUGCUGUGAACAAUGAUAUAGCAAAAGAAUUUAAUGAACUGGUUUUCAAACCUUUGCCUGCUGGUCAACCAUGUCUUGGUUUAUCCAGUGAAAUGAAGAAUGACCUGAGUGUCAGAAAGAAGCUUGGCAUACAUAAAAAUAGACUAAGAUUCAAAGAGCAAGCACUUACCUUCAAGUUCAAGGUGCUGCGACACCUGUGGAAAGAGGAUGUGCGGCUCCUCUCUGUAAGAAAGCAGCGCCCAAAGUCUAAUAAACGCACUGAUCAGAGCAACCGUGCAUCACAGAGUGGAUCUCAGAGGCAACGCUCGUCUAAUCGCUCUCGAUUGGGCAUGCCUGCUGGUAAUCUGAGUACGUUUCCUACCACAGAAAUAUCAGAUGUUGCAAACAAGAUGUUUACAGAAUUUCAGUUUAAGCGCUGCAGAAAUUACUUGAAAAUGCCAGCAUUAAUUAUAGAUGAAAAAGAGAAAGAAAGUGCUAGCUUUGUCAGCAAGAAUGGUUUGAUUGAGGAUCCUGUUUCAGUUGAGAAGGAGCGGUCAGUGAUAAAUCCAUGGACGCAUGAAGAGAAGGAAGUUUUUAUGCAGAUGCUUGCUUCAUUUGGCAAGAAUUUCUCUAAAAUCUCCAAUUUUCUACAGCACAAGACAACAGCUGAUUGUGUUGAGUUCUACUACAAGCACCAUAAAUCUGACAGUUUCCGAGAAGUUAAGAAACUUCUGGAUCUUCGGCAGCAACAACCCACUGGCAAUUACCUAGGAACAAAAUCUGGAAAGAAAUGGAAUCCUGAGAAUGCUGCAUCUCUUGAUAUGCUUGGAAAUGCUGCAUCGGUCGUGGCUGCCCAUGGUCUUGAUUAUGCAAACAGAGUGGAGAAAGAUACUGCAAAGUCUAUCAUUCGGACUUCUUGUAGGUCUGAUGUUUCGGCUGUGGCCAAAGGAUCUUUGGAUAAGGAUGGCAUUGCUAAUGUAUCUCUGCACGAGAGGGAAUCUGUAGCUGCUGAUGUCUUGGCAGGUAUAUGUGGAACUCUCUCCCCUGAAGGAAUGGGCUCAUGCAUUACCAGUUCUGCUGAUCAUGGCCAAAAGAUAGGUGCCACAAGAAUGGAGUAUCUUAUAGCAACUCCAGAGGCAGACAAGAGCUUUGAUGAGGAAGACGAUCUCUCAGACCAGGAAUGCGAAGUUGACUCAGUUGAUUGGAACGACAAUGAGAAGUCACUGUUCAUCGAGGCUCUGAAUAACCAUGGGAAGGAUUUUGCUCGAAUUUCUUCAUAUGUGAAGAGCAAGUCAUAUGAGCAGUGCAAGGUAUUUUUCAGCAAGGCUCGCAUUUCACUUGGUUUGGAUUUGAUCUAUCAGCAGACUACCGAUGCUGGUUUGCCGACAGGUGAUGCCAGUGGAGGUAGGAGUGAUACUGACGAGGCAUGUGCUGCUGAGAUGGAUUCUCCUAUUUGUAGCACACAGUCUCCUGUGGAGAUGGAGAUGGAGGUUUGUCCUUCUGUUGAUAAAACCCUUCAGGGGCAUCUUCUAUCUGGUAUCGCCUUUAAACAGUCAGAAACUGAUAGAUCAGAUGGGCCAGAUAUUGUGGACCUAACAUUUGAGGAAGGUGAGAUCAAGGCAGAGGAUACUAAUAAUUGUAACAUUCCUGUUGAUCAUAGACAGUCAAGUGAAGCCACUCAUGAAUCAACACCUUCAUGUGCUCCUAUCGAUAUCAAUUCUUCUGAGAGCACAGGGAGUAUGGAGAACAGAGAGCACAGUAACCAAGUGAGUGCGCAUGGCAACGGAGCCAUGGCCUCUUCAACUGAGCUGCCUGUGGGAGCACACCUGGAAAUCAGCACCAGUCUGCACAAUGUUGAAGUUAUUGAGCCGAGCAAGGUGUCUGAAAUGAUUUGCACUCAGGUAUCCAGCAGGGAACAUGCUCCCGAGAGUGGUGCACCCAUCAGCGCUGGAAAUUUAACCACCCCGGUUUUCUUACCUGGAGUCAUCCAGUCGAGCAAGGUGUAUGAAGGGAUUUGCACCAAGGAAUCUAGUGUGGAAGGACCUUCUCAACAAGCACCCUUGAGUGCACACAUGAAGGCUGGAAAUUUGACCCUCUCUGUUUGCUUACCUGGGGAACACUGUAGUAAGGUAUCCAGUAUCGAAGGACCUUCAAAACAUGCACCUGAGAGUGCACACGUGAAAGCUGGAAAUUCGACUCCCUCUGUUUGCUUACCUGGAGAAAGUGGCAGCAAGGAAAAUGUCACCCAUUUCUCGGACAUGGCCGGUGUUUCCUGUAUUAGGCCUGCAUUUACUUCGAGUUAUCAGCAAAGCGUGCCAACAGAUCUGCUCCCAGCAAAGCCAAAAUCACAGGUUACCCCUCUUACUCCAAAGGAUUUGAUGCCUGUUCAGUUUAGUUCUGACCUUCCUGAUCCUACCUCAAUUCGUUUUGAGGGCAUAGCCUCCAUAACUUCACCAAAUUUUGGUGAUCAUGCCAACAGAGUCAGCAAUACUCCAGGGCCCAAGGACAUGAACAAGUUCCCAGUAUUUAAUGAACAAUCUCGGAGCCAGCAUGAUGUUCUGUUCCGCAAUAUUGAUGGAUACUUGCAGCACAGACGGAAUCAUCAUCUGGCAGUCGAUAUACCCGCCUUUUCUGAUAGCACUGUAAGUGGCAGUGUGGGAAUUUCUCAUCCGGAUCAGUUCACAAUAACGAAAUACCAGAAUGGCAGGUCGGGCAGCUCAGGUCUCUCAAGCACAUCUGCUGGGUUUCUGAUGAAUGGGAGCAGCAAAGAAUUACGGGAAGGCCAGUUGAAGCCCUGUUCCCACAAGGCAAGCACUGAGAGUUGUGAUCAGGUGAAGCGCCCUGGUGAUGUCAAGUUAUUUGGGAAAAUUCUGAGCCAUCAAUCAUCCUUGCAAAGUUCUGGCUCAUCAUCGAAUGUAACGAGAAGCAAGCCUCCCCCGCCAACGACAGCAGCAGGAUUGUUGGGCAGUGGAAUGGAUCGCAUGGUUUAUUCAUCUAGGCCCACAAAUACUGCCCACUUUGGGCAGGACGAGCGAGUGGUGAGGAGCUACACUCACCUGGAUGGGAGCACAGCACAGCCCGAGUCGUCUUUGUUCAGGGUGGCGAAAUGCCAGAGAUCAUCAAUGGCCAGCGUGCCAUUUUACUCGGCUAAAAAUGGCUCACUGGGCGUAUUCGGAGAGUACCAACAGCCUUUGCGGCAGCAGCUUCCAUCAGACCCGAAGCGGCUGGAAAGCUAUGCCGAUCUGCAGAAGAGGAACGGAAUAGAGCUCAUCUCAGGGUUCCAGCAGCAGCAGCCCGGGAAAGCCGCGCGGCUCGGUGGCGCUGGGAUCCUCGUGAGCCCCGUGUCAGACCCGGUGGCGGCGCUCAAGGCGCAGUAUGGCUCGAGCUCGAAGUUCCUGGGCAAGGACGCCGACCACCCCUGGAAAGACAUAGGAAACAGGUAGCAGCAGCAGCCACCAGUAGUAGCAUUAGGCGGGCAAAUAGUGCAUGCUUUUCUUUUGCUCUCUCCCUGUACCAUAUUUAGUUUUUGUAACUUGGGAUGGAAGGAACUGAAACAACAGCAGGGAAAGCGAAUGGCUUUCCUGUCCAUAUCGUCGUAGGGCUUUCUUUUGUCGUGGGAUUAACUCUUUUCUGCAGCUCCGUCGUCAUACUUAAUUUUAGUUGUUUUUUGGAUGUUGCCAGCAGUGGCUGUAGGUUUGCUAGAGGCGACAAAGGCGGUUUGUCGGUAGGGCUUUGUUAUUUAUGUAUCCGGUUUUUAUUAUGCAAUGCAGAAACCUCACAGACAGAUGAUUGUAAUAUGGUAAUGUUGAUGCUCAACUCAGCAGAUUCCUCUCCUGCUGUAGUUUUGGUUAA